GUUACGGUACUGGUGCUGAUGAGGCCGAUCGGAUGAUGCUGUUUUGUCCUGCUGCCAUUUCCGUCACGAAUCCUCGAGCAAACGUCCACAAAUCCAUCGCGAACCGGCACCAGCGGUACCGCGGACGGUGGCCGCACAGCUGACCGUCUGCGCUGACGCGGGAUUUGAGGCGGUUGUAGCUGCUGCUCGGCUACAACAAUAACAACAACAACAACAACAAACACGGGCACAGCUGUUCCAUCCGCGUUCCGACUGCAAACAUGUGCUUGGUCCUGGUGUGAUACCGAGCUUCUGAAUCUGAGACUUGACGAAACAUGGAGACCAUCUGGCUCUACCAGUUCCGCCUGAUCGUCAUCGGCGACUCCACAGUCGGCAAGUCGUGUCUGAUCCGCCGGUUCACAGAAGGCCGCUUCGCCCAGGUGUCGGACCCCACCGUGGGGGUGGACUUCUUCUCCCGCCUGGUGGAGAUUGAACCCGGCAAGAGGAUCAAGCUUCAGAUCUGGGACACGGCCGGGCAGGAGAGGUUCAGGUCCAUCACCAGAGCUUACUACCGCAACUCAGUCGGUGGGCUUCUUCUCUUCGACAUCACAAACCGACGCUCCUUCCAGAAUGUCCACAACUGGCUGGAGGAGGCACAGAGCCACGUGGUGCCCCACAGCAUGGUGUUCCUUCUGGUGGGCCACAAGUGCGACCUGGAGGCCCAGCGACAGGUGACUCAGCAGGAGGCGGAGAAGCUGGCAGGAGCCUUCGGGAUGCGCUACGUGGAGACGUCCGCGAGGGAGUCCAUCAAUGUGGAGAAGGCGUUCGUGGACCUGACCAGGGACAUUUUCGACCUGGUGCAGAGCGGGGACAUCAAGAUCCAGGAGGGCUGGGAGGGAGUCAAGAGCGGGUUUGUCCCCAACACCGUCCACUCAUCUGAAGAGGUCACCAAAGGAGCUCGACAGUGCUUCUGUUAGCAGACUCACGGCGCAGAUCUGUCUUUUUAAAGAUGUUUCUUUGUGGUUAACACAUAGUCAGGUACUUAUUUAUUCAUUCUGGAGUGUCUUAAAAUAAGACAAUCACACUCCUCAGUAGUCAAACAUGAGACGAAGAGACCGGAUGAGUUUCAUCAAAUCCAAUAGCCACAGAACAGACACCACCAAUUCUAAACAUUAUUUUCCAAAUGGACUUUUUCAGACGUGACUGAAUAUGAGUUUUCAGAUCUCAAACAAAAACUCAGCUCUCUGCCAGACCACAUUCGGGGCAAAGCUUGCCCAAGUAUGCAACUUUUUUUCUUUAUAUUUAUAUUUAAAAACUUCGAUCGGUUUUAAACACAUUUCGUGUCUCGGACUGUGUGAAAUCCUUCAGCUUCUUCUGCGAUUGACGCCUUCGAAAGCAACAAAAUUUGAAAAGUGCGUUCGAAAAAUUAUCCAUAGCCAAAACUUUAUUUGUGACGCUAGAGGACACUGUUACGUGUUUAACGUCCCCUGUCCUUCCACGCAUGCGCUCUCAGUCCACCUGUCCAAAUAACGUCAUAUUUUAUAUACGACAUAAACUGUUGCGUACUCCGUAAUUCGUCCUACGUUUGGAAUAGGCGAAAUGUCAACCUGAGCGUCUUAAAGUGACGUCAUAAGAGGCGAUGACGUUGACAGAGGUCUGGUGCCUUUUCCGGAAAGGAGCAGCGGGGAAACCAUGACGUCACCCAGUGUAAAUAAUUUAUUUGAAACCAAAAACCCCUCGAGGUUGGAUGUUGUCCUGAAUAUUCUAGCACAAUGUUGUCGAGUGUAAAGCACAAUAGUCAUUAAUAAACACGUGUGGAACUGUUAA